UGCCAAACUUGACUCCGUAUGCACUAUUUGGGCUUUCUCGGGAUGCAUUGAGGUUCACUGCCAAGGGAAAUACCACGGUAUGGGCUGAUCAAGAAAAUGGACAAAUGAGAUACACUCAUAGAGCAACUAUGCAAAAUUUGGUUCAGGGGCAAGUUUAUUACUACCAAGUAGGCAGCUCUCAAGCAAUGUCUUCCAUUUUCAACUUCCGCCAACCCGAUCAAUUCCAGCCCCUCCGUGCUGCGAUUUUUGGAGAUUUGAGUUUUGAUAAAGGCCAAGAAACUAUUGAUUACCUAACAGAAAAACGAGAUCAAUUAGAUGUAAUUAUUCAUAUUGGUGACAUCUCGGA